GGCGGGCAGGCCCAGCACACCGUAGGGUGCCGUUGGAUUCCCUCGGGCUGGCUUGCCCGAGGCCCCAAAGCUGGCGGCGUCUGCGGAACGGUGCGGGGCCCAGCACCCAGUCCGCGGAGGCUCGCCAGGCUUUCCGUAGCAACUAAUUCUGACAACAGUCCUACGAGAGUGUGUUCUUACUCCCGUUUUACAAAUGAGAAAACUGAGGGUAGGCAGUUUACCAACGUCACAUUUAGGGACAGAGACGGGGCUAGCCCAGCAGGGAGGAUCCGGAUGCACGCGUGAGGCGUUCCUGUCGCGAGGGUGUCACCCUCGCCCGAGACACCGCAGGUGCCGGCGGACAGGCAGGCAUUCCUAACGCGAGGGCGAGGCGGCGUUGCCAGAGGGGGAGCGAUGGAGCCAAGGAGCUUGCCAGCGGACUCAUUGGGCGAAGCUGGGCCAUGUUGUUUGCCAGUGGAGGCUUCAAGGUGAAACUCUAUGACAUUGAGCAACAGCAGAUAACAAAUGCCCUGGAAACCAUCAGGAAGGACCUGAAGUCGCUGGAGGAGGCAGGUUCUCUGAAAGGCUCCUUGAGUGUGGAAGAGCAGGUGUCACUCAUCAGUGGCUGUUCUAGUCUCCAAGAAGCAGUAGAGGGCGCUGUGCACAUUCAGGAAUGUGUUCCAGAAAACCUAGAGCUGAAGAAGAAGAUCUUCGCGCAGCUGGAUAGCAUCGUGGAUGACAAGGUUGUCCUCAGCAGCUCCAGCUCUUGCCUCCUGCCCUCCAAGCUGUUUGCCAGCUUGGUGCACGUGCGGCAGUGCCUGGUGGCUCACCCUGUGAACCCACCGUACUUCGUCCCUCUGGUCGAGCUGGUCCCACACCCGGAGACGGCCCCUGCCACGGUGGACAGAACCCACGCCCUGCUGCAGAAGAUCGGACAGUGCCCCGUGCGCCUGCUGAAGGAGGUGGACGGCUUCGCCCUGAACCGCCUGCAGUACGCGGUCAUCAGCGAGGCCUGGCGGCUGGUGGAGGAUGGAGUAGUGUCUCCCACCGACCUCGACCUCGUCAUGUCGGAAGGGCUGGGCACGCGGUACGCGUUCAUCGGGCCCCUGGAGACCAUGCACCUCAAUGCGGAAGGUAUGUCAAACUACUGCGACAGAUACAGCGAAGGCAUGAAGCGUGUCCUGAAGACUUUUGGACCCAUUCCAGAGUUCUCCAGGGACACGGUUGAGAAGGUUAAUCAGGCCAUGUGCACGAAGGUGCCUGAUGACCCGGAGCACUUGGAGGCCAGAAGGCAGUGGAGGGACAAGUGCCUCAUGCAGCUCUCCAAGCUGAAGCGGCAGAUGCAGCCCCAGUGAAUUUCUCGUGCCGUGACUGCCACUCCUCUCGUUUGAAGUCCUCUUUGAGAAAAUCAGAAGCACUUAAUCAGAUCUCGUCACAGAGACGUGCCGUGGGGACCCCGUGCUGGCGCCGGGUGGCAUUCCAGUCACUGUGGGUCACAGCCCUGGGCAGGGAAGUGGCAACCGCACUGGGAUUCUCAGGGCUGUGGGUUUCCUGCCUUCAGAGAGUUUGGAGAUUUUCAGUUUUUGUUUUCAGUGUGAUUACGUGUGGCUGUAUUUUAUAGCCAAUGAUUGUAGUUUCAUUUGAAUCUGCGGCAAAAUAUCUUUAUAAUUGUUUUCGAAUCCAUUUCUGAGUACUCUCUGAUGCUGCAUUUCUGGGGCAGCUACUUCUACUUUGCUAAUGAUUGUUCUCAAUAAAAGUUCAUGAUUGCAUAAAGA